AUGGUCUACGGAGUUCUCCUAGGCGCAUUGAUCAUCGGCAGCGCAGGCUCGGGCUGGUUCUUCAAUCAACGUGCCGGAAGAGGUGAGUUCCCGAGCUUGUACGAAGCCGAUAUCGAGGCGGUGACGAAGGGCUUGGAGCGAAAUCAUUUUACUAGUGCUUACAUCGCUCGUAUCAACGACGUGGACGAUAUAUUGCGCCCAGUCAUUGAGAUCAAUCCUGAUGCGGUGGAUAUAGCGACUGCACUUGAGGAGGAGCGCUCGAAAGGUGCGGUGCGAGGACCGAUGCAUGGCAUCCCUAUACUCAUCAAAGACACGAUCGCCACAAAAGACAAGAUGAACAACACCGCUGGAUCCUACGCGCUCGUCGGAGCCAAGGUUUCAUCUGAUUCGACUAUCGCGAAGAAUCUCAGAGAGGCAGGAGCCAUCAUCCUAGGGAAGACAAACCCCAGCGAAUGGGGCAGCUUUAGGAUACCAUGGGACUCGAGCAAUGGUUGGUCAGCGUAUGGUGGGCAGACAUACGGAGCGUUCUACCCCCGUCAAGAUCCAUCUGGUAGUUCCAGCGGAAGUGCAGUUGCAGCUUCGUUGGGUUUGGCUACCGUAACCCUGGGCGGCGAAACGUAUGGUUCUAUUAUCGACCCCGCCAGUGUCAACAACGUCGUGGGAAUGAAGCCAACCGUUGGAUUUACAUCUCGGCACCUCGUGAUACCAAUCAGCGAACGCAUGGACACCAUCGGCCCCCUAACAAAAACCGUCAAAGACUCCGCCUACGUCCUCCAAAGCAUCGUAGGCACCGACGUAUACGACAACUACACCUCCGCCAUCCCAGAGAACGUCGACAAAGACUUCGUCGGCGCCUGCAAACUCACCGCACUUAGAGGUGCACGUCUAGGCGUACCUCGCAACGUCAUCAACCUCAUGUCAGACAACACAACAUACUCCAUGAUCGCAGCAUUCAACAACACCCUAGACAUCUUACGCUCAGCAGGCGCAUCAGUCAUCGAUACCGAUUUCCCAGCUGCCCAAGACUUCCUAAACGAUACCCUCCUAGCCCUACAUAUCAUGUCCGCCGAUUUCGUCGUAAACAUCGAGUCGUACCUCAAACGCCUCACGUACAACCCGCACAACAUCUCCACCCUCCUCGAACUACGCGCCUGGACACGCCAAAGCCCACUAGAAAGCUACCCCGGCAAAUCAACAGGCGUCUGGGAUUUCGCGCUGGAGAACUGGAAUAACACGACCCCAGAAUUCUGGCAAGCGUACCAAAAAGGUCUGUACUAUGACAACGAAGGAGGAUUGCUUGGAACGAUUAAACGGCACGAUCUUGAUGCUGUUGUUCUGCCGUCGAAGUUUUCUUGGUCCUUUGCUGCUGUUGCUGGGGCGCCGGUUGUGAGUAUACCGAUGGGGGCUAUGGGGGAUGGGCAGCCGGUUGUGACUGAUCCUGAUGGGUUGGUGGGGUCGGCGCCGGGUAUUCCGUUUGGGUUCAGUUUCUUGGGGGAGAGGUGGAGUGAUGCGAAGAUUGUUGGACUGGCACCCACUGCAGAGGAACCACAAUCGAAGGAACGCACAACGGCGCCGAAAAGCCGUCACGCACCCCACCCCUCCGUCGGCACGAUCCCAGACAGACUAGACGACAUAAAAGACUAUGUACGCGGUGUCAGCAGCUACAUCCAAUGGCUCCAAGGCCUCACGGAACACGAACGAUCGAACGUUACUCGCGUCACAGAAAUGAAGCGCGAACUGAAGAGUGCGCAUCGCGAUCUCGAGAAGCUCGAUGCAAAUAUAUACUGCGAAAUUGGAGAUGAGAUUGAGGCACUGGUCAAAGAUGCCAAAAGACAUGCUUGGCGGUCGUAUAAGAACGUGGUGAAGCUUGAAGAGAGGCUAAGAGGGCCGAAGGGAGGCGGCGAUACCGGGGUGAAGCUGCGCAGGAUAUCGGGCCCGCAGAAUGGAGGGAGGAGGAAUACGUCGACGGAUAAUGGGAAGGUUGAAGCGUAUGUUCGUGGCGAUGCGGAGGAGAAGCAGGCGUUUGAUGACGCUCUUGACGUGCAUGGACGGUCUGUUGAAGGCGACCGCUACGAAGACACAUACCUCAUGUCCGGUGGCCUGCCAGUCGGAGAUAUACAACCGCCAGUUGCAGUCCAGAGAGCAGGACGCGCCAACGCCUUCGAGGCGCUGAGGCAACUACCGCGUCUCAUCAUCCACGGAGCGCCAUCGCAAUGCUCGGAGAGCCUACACCUACCCACAACGCAUCCCCUCAAGUUUCCGCAACCGAGAGACGAAGUCAAGCUGCGCGUGCAAGAAGAGGAAGCCAACAUGGAUCCUACCCUGCGCAACCCGUAUAAGGAGCGCCGAGGUAGCUGCAACGGCUUCAUGAUUACUGAGAUGACGAUGCAAGGGAUCGAGGACGCUCGCUUCGUUCUGCCGUAUCUGCACUACAUGAAGCUUCACGAGCUGCGUGCGAUCAAAGAGUGGCUGAGCAAUGCAGGCUUCAUUGCAAGCUCUGGCUCGAUGAGUCGCAUGGAGAAGGCGCUCCUGUGUAUACAGCUCCUGCAGACUGGCUGUCGAUACGAAACGUUGGCUGUGAUCCACUCGCGCUCGCCGCGCCAGGUCAUGGAGUCGUGCAAUGAAGUCAUGCGAGCGUUGCUGCAAUGGCAUCGAAUGACGGUCGACGAUGGCGACAUAGGAGAUCAGGCCGAAUACAUCGUUCUCUGGGGUAUCUGGCACAAGUACGUCGUCUCUGAUGGAAGAGCAGGGCUGUACUUUGGUUUCGACUGGACAUGUCUCGCCAAAGUCCUCGUCGCACUCAAUGUGUACAUGGGCCGCUGGCGCAUGCAGGGCAAGUUUGCCAUGGACGGUCCUGCAUUUGCAUGGGGCAAGUUCUUCGUGCCGGCAGUCGAUGGCAGAGAAGUCCCGGAUACGAUGGAUGGAAACCACGGAGAGCGUAAUGACGCCGAGAGGAGGUCUCUGGAGGAGGUGGCUCGGCGGGGUACAACUGUGUGA